AUGGUCGACGCCGUCUUUCACCACCCGGGAGUCCACCAGACGUACUUCUUCGGGGGCCGCCGCUACGCCCGCAUUGAGUUCCAGCCAGGAGGCUCAGAAGAAAAGAUCACCUAUGGCCCAGCCACCAUCGCCGACCACUGGCCCUCUCUCCAUUCCAUCGACUUCGGCACCGUUGAUGCUAUCCUCCCCGUUGAAAACACCAAAGAUGAGGGUUACUACUUCUUCGGCUCGCGCUUCGCCCGCAUCAAGCUUGUCCCGUCCUCUAACGACGACAAGGUCCUUGACGGGCCCUGGGUCAUCACGCAGAAGCUGGGCAGCCUCAGAGAGGCGGGCUUUGACACCGUCGACGCAGUGCUCCCUGUUCCCGGCAAGUCGGGCGAAGCGUAUAUCUUCCGUGGCGUGAACUAUGUGCGCAUCAACAUCAACCAGGACAAGAUCGUGUACGGUCCUGCGAAGCUCACGGACCAGUGGCCUGGUCUGACUAAGGCCAAGUUUGACUCUGUUGAUGCGGCGUUCCCUGAGCCGGGCAGCUCGAAUGGAGUCUCGUACUUCUUCAAGGGUGAUAAGUAUGUCAAGCUCAAGGUUGUCGCUGGUGCUCCGGACUCGAUUGUUUGGGGACCGAAGCCCAUCAAGGAUUACUGGAAGACUCUUGAGUGGGUUUAA